AUGGAGAGCAGUGCAGAGGAGUACCGCCUGGACAUGGCUGAAAACUCUGUGGAUGACUACUAUGAAGGCUGUAGAGAGGACAUGAAUAAGUUAGUGAGGUCAAAGUACAUACAAAAUGAAAAAAACAAUAAUCCUGGUUUUGCAAAUGCCUGGAAGAUUUCACUUAGUGAAGCUAAAAAUGGGGAACUUGGAAAGUAUCAAUCAGCUGCUAUUUACAUGUACACACGAGAACCAAACAGAGGAGUAGAUUACUCUUACAAUGAAUUUAACAAAGCCACUCGUGAUGGGAAACAAGCAUACGAAUCAGGACGCUUCCAGUUUUAUACUCUGUUUUUCUAUCUGACUGUAGCUAUUCAGCAACUCAAACCAAAUCCACGAGAGUGUGUGACCGUAUAUCGCAGAACUGACGUUAACUUUCAAACAGACGUUAUUGACCAUAAAAUCCGAUUCGGGGCUUUCACCUCCACUUCUCAUCUACAGGAUUUGAUUUAUUUUGGUGAAGAGUCCUGUUUUGAGGUUUACACGUGUUACGGAGCUGAUAUUGAACAAUACUCUGCAAUCCCAGGUGAGAGGGAGGUGCUAAUCCCCCCAUACGAGAUCUUUCGUGUAACAGCAAUUCAACAAAACACUUGGUGUAAGGUGGUUUAUGAACUCAAAAGUGAGGGUAAGAGGAGUAACCUUAACUGUGCAGCAGUUCAGCAGGAGAACCAUGAUUUAUAG